UGUUCGUGAAGCAAACAAUGGAUUUGCUUUAUUUUCACCUCCAAAUAGGUCGGGAAACCUAUAGGAUCCAAUAAAAUAAACAAUAAAUUGAAAUAAACAAUUAUUUGCAGCGGCAGCAAACGAAGUGCUGCGUUACAGCCAUAUAUAUCCCGUAAAAUAUACACAAUUCUGGUGAUUGUAUUACAUACUUUGCUCAUUUGCGUUGGCGUUGACUACGGGCAUAAAGUGGAUAGGAAUAAAUAAUUACACGUUUUUUGUAAGAAAAAAAAAAAAAAAUAAUAAAAUAAAAUAAACGCAUCAUAACUACGAAAUCAAAAGGUUCUUUACGUAAAAAGAAAACUUAGCUAAAGGCAUGAAAACUCAGUCAGUUCAGCAACCUUAUCGCCCUUUGUAGUGGUUAAUUUGUUUCCGUUUAUGUGUUCUCUCUUGAUCGGUUGCGUGCCUCAGCUAUUCGGUUUGUGAAUUCUUGUUUUUCCCAAUUAUAUUGCACUAUCCAUUUUCUCGCGUGUUUUGUUGGUUUCUAUUUUACCUUCAUUUGCAUAUUUAUGUAAAAUUAUAUAUGUACGUCACGCGUUCAAUCGAAACUAAGUAAAAGGGUAAAAUCAACGACGGCUAUUAGCGCACUGUUCAUAGUUUAUUCAGACUAUUCUGGAAGCAGGGCAACGAACCAGUCGCUGCCAACGGCGAAUUUUCCCGCACAUACCUUGUCCCUGCAACGCCGCGACAAUAGCCCAACAGCCAACAAAGCGUUAGUAAUAUGUGGAAGUGUCACAAAUGUGGAAAGCCUGUAUACUUUGCGGAGCGCAAACAAUCGCUCGGUUAUGAUUGGCAUCCAGAGUGUUUACGGUGCGAGGAGUGCGGCAAGCGGCUAAACCCAGGCCAACAUGCCGAGCAUAAAGGAGUGCCUUACUGUCACGUGCCAUGCUACGGUGCGCUCUUCGGACCGCAGCUGUUUGGGCAUGGCACACGUGUGGAAUCGCAUAAGAGUUAUGGGGUGAAGGGAACACAGCGCUCUGGUAUUGGUAAUGGUGGUCCUGUUUUGCCCAGAGAUCAUUUAGAAAGCAAGCUUAAGGUGUACAAUCAGUUUUACGACAAUAAAAGCAUGGAAGUACGGAGCCGCGAGGUGAAUAACCGUUUAAUACUAGAAGGCGCGCUGCGCAUUUCAUGGGGCGUGCAUGGCGUGAUUCAUCUGAAAGAGGAUGAUGAUCAGCGUACGCUGGUCGUACGUAAAAGGAAUUCCAAGCGCGUUUCUAAAGCAGUUGAUGACAGCCCAUCGGAUAAGGAAAACGAUAUUAGUGAAUCGUUGGAAGCGCCCACAACCGCAAGUGAAGUAGAGAAUCUCUCCACUGAUAUUUCGCUGUCGGAAAGCAUGACUUUUGAUUCGUGCAGUUUAAAUGAAUAUCCUUUGACGGAUUUACCCACAACUCCAGAGGAAGCUUCCGCCAACACAACGGGCGGCACAGACGGUGCUGCGUUGCCUUUAAUAAAUGGCACCAAUGGACGUGCGAUUGACGACGAUCAAUCGGAGUCGACUAGCACUUUAUGUGGUACCGAUACAACAAUUACAACUGCAUCCACAAGCUGUGUUUCGGCAACAUUGCCUUCAAAAUUGGAUAGUUUGGAGAAAUUGGAAUGGGAUGAAAUUGAUGAUUUGCUGCAGGUGGAACGCCGCAUUAGCGAAAAGGACAAAAUUUACGAAACGAUGCCUGUCAAGUUGCCAUCAUCGCAAACGUCUUCCAGCGAGAGCUCGCCAUCGAAAACUAUUUCAGCACAUAAUCUCACCGAAAGCACAAAUACCACCAGCGAGGUGCCAUCACCACUGACGCCUACGUCUGCUUCUACAACGAACAACACUAGCAAUACUAGUGAAAGUAGCAGCACAUCUUCAGAUAAUUUUGUCACCGCCAACUCGGCGACAAUAAAUACAUCCACUUCGGGCACGACCAGCACAACCACAACUACAACAGUUGAUAACUUUGAGUCCUCCGAUGAUGCUACACUCAAGCCAAUGGAUUUUGAAGAAUUUAAGCGUAGUGUACAUCUCGAUUAUGUGAAUGGUGCCAAUUCGUUUCGCGAACCCAAUGAAGAUUCACUAAAACGCAACCAACCAAUUGAUCCGUCGAGGAUACACGAUUCCCUCAAGUUGUAUGGUGAAAGCCCGAUGAGCAAAAGUUUCAAUUGUGAGCAUGCCUUGCGUUCGAUCGAUGCGAACUUAAUCAACGAUACGCUUCAUUUGAAAAGCGGCACCGCCAAUCCACAUUCAAUGCAGCGCAUGUAUGCCUUGCAGAAAAGUGGUUCGGCCUCAAUUGCCAAUACUGGUAGCAACCAACAAAAUCGAUCACCCUACCAUCUUAGGCAUCAACACUUUGAAAAGGGCAUUAAUCGCUCAAAGUCAGGGCCUUCGUGUUUUGACUGCUCCGAUAGCGAUGAUGACGAUUCCACGUUGAAACCACAGCAUUCGGCUACCAUUCGACGCAGUGAUGUGCCGCCGCGUUAUGUAAAAAUCGAAAUGGAUUGCUAUCCAAAAGAGGCGGAAAAGAGGGAUAAGGACAAAGAUAGUGUGAGUGAAGCGGAUUCCAGUCGCACAGAGGGGCCAUCAAUUACAGUGACGAAUAGUGGUGCCGUGGGUGGUGAUGAGCUUACGCAAACGGAAGGCGAACGCAGCAGAGGCCUUAGUGGUGCGCACAAUGGCGAAGACGAUGAUGCAGAUCCACCGUUGCACGUUACUGAAGAUGGUGUAGUUUUGCGGCGACCACCACGAACGGGCGCGGCCGCCAUAAAGCGGCGUAGUGGCAACCGGAGAUCGCGUACCAAAUUGAAGCGACGCUGUUCUAUAAAUGGUCACUUUUAUAAUCGCGAAACCUCGUUCUUCACUCCACCCUACGGCUCACAAAUGUCCGUGUGGGUAACCUCGUUGGUCACUACCAAUGAAGUCAUAAAUCUAUUGCUCGAAAAGUAUAAAGUCGACAGUGCCGCGCAAAAUUUUUCGCUCUUCAUUAUACGCGAUAAUGGCGAACAAAAACGCUUGAAAGAGACUGAUUAUCCUUUGUUGACGCGCGUCAUGAUGGGGCCGCAUGAGGAUGUGGCGCGCUUAUUUCUGGUCGAUGCAAAGAAGACGGAUGAAAUAAGCAAUGAGGUUGCUCAAUUUAUAAAUCUAUCCCUGCCUGAGUGCCGUGCAAUUUUAGAACGUUACGAUGAUGAGUUGGAGCGCGAAGUGGAAAAAGUCAGAGAAAGAUAUGCUGAAUUACGUCGACGCAUAAUAAAUCGCAUGGAAUCUCUCAAAGUUCACCUAUAAAUGUGCUCAAAUUCAGAAGGAAAUCCCAAUUGGAGAAGCUUUCUUGGCAUUUUCUUUAUAGUUUACAAUGCAAAACUUUGUCUCAAAUAUUUUUGUACGCCUUUUGCGUAUAUUCUACUGAUGCAAAUGCUCACAUACACCUACUGCAUACACAUUUUCGUAGCAGUAGAGGUAACUUAAAACUCAUAACAGAUAGAAUCUCUGAGGAGUUGAAUUAAUUUUGCUGAUACAUACAAUUUCAUAUUAAGCGGGCAGUUGCUGUAAAUCUGUUAUUCACUUACGAGUAAAAUU